GGAUGUAGUUUUAGUUGCUGCGGCUCCACUUCUGGUUUGAAACAGUUGUGCACAAGCUAGUUACCGCUUGCAGAUUCAUUUCAGCGAGCUUAUCGGUCAAGUUUACCGUGGAAAAAUGUCCCGGGGAUCGAGUGCGGGGUUUGACCGACAUAUUACCAUCUUCUCUCCCGAAGGAAGGCUUUAUCAAGUCGAAUAUGCUUUCAAGGCUAUCAAUCAAGGUGGACUCACAUCAGUCGCCGUACGAGGGAAGGACUGUGCAGUUGUCGUUACACAGAAAAAAGUACCGGACAAGCUUCUGGAUUCCAACACUGUGACUCAUCUUUUCAGAAUAACAGAUAAUAUUGGCUGUGUCAUGUCCGGAAUGACAGCUGACAGCCGGUCCCAGGUUCAGCGAGCUCGCUACGAGGCGGCUAACUGGCAGUACAAGUACGGCUACGAGAUCCCCGUGGACAUGCUGUGUAAGAGGAUUGCAGACAUCUCGCAAGUCUACACACAGAACGCUGAGAUGCGACCACUGGGCUGCUGUAUGAUUGUGAUAGGCAUAGACGACGAGUGCGGCCCGCAGGUCUACAAAUGUGACCCGGCGGGCUACUACUGCGGCUUCAAAGCCACCGCCGCCGGCGUGAAGCAGACGGAAGCCACCAGUUUUCUGGAGAAGAAAGUGAAAAAGAAACUGGACUGGACCUUUGAACAAACCAUCGAGACGGCCAUCUCUUGUCUGUCAACUGUUCUCUCCAUUGACUUCAAGCCCUCUGAGCUUGAAGUGGCCGUGGUCACAACACAAGACCCCAAGUUCAGGAUUCUGACAGAGGCGGAAGUGGACACUCACCUGAUGUCCCUGGCAGAGCGGGACUGAGCAAGCAAAGACAGGUCACAUGUUGGAUUAAGUCUGGCGUUAUCCUUGUUUGCUGUACAUUUCAUCCCACCGUUUAAUUCAAUGAUAAUUAAAAAAAAAUCUUUUGGAGUAAAAUAA